AUGGACUUUGGCGAUGAGAGUUACUGGACAAACAUCUGCAAGGCACUGGCUCGCAGCCUGUUUCUCAAUGCUGCCAUCCGCGACCAAGGUGCCAAGGCCGCGAAGGGAACGGGCUCGAUUGUGGAAAACGAAGAUGAUCUGUACCGCACAGUGCACCGCAACCACCACGCGGCAUUGGAACUCGGGAGCUCGAUGGUUGGCAUCAAGCACGAGUGGGUGGUUUUCAGCAAGUUUGCGCACACAGGGUCAAAGCAGUAUCUGCAGACCGUCACAGCCAUUAAGCCAGAAUGGAUUGUUGACCUUCCUUACUUCCAGGACGACAAGCUGGCACGAAAGCGCAACGGCGUUCUUCGACAGCCAUACGUCAAGGAACCCCUCGACCAGGCCCGGGAGAAGGCAGCUUCCGCAACCUAG